CGCCCCACCUCCCCGGAAGUGAGUGAGGAGGGAGGGGCGGGUGUGUGCGGGCCGGGCGCGGCUUGUUGGCGGCGGGUUGUCGGCCGCGGCCGUUGGGGAGAUGUCGGCCACGUGCGCCGUGUCCCGUAAGGCGCAACCGCCGACGCUGCCGCCGCCACCUCCACCUCCCCCGGGCGAGCGGGACCCGCCGGCCAAGGCGAUGCGUAGGGGGCUGCGGCGGGGCCACGAGGAGGAGCGGGAGCAGCUGCCGUGGCCGGGAGAGAGCGCGGGUGGCGAGAUCGAGGCGGCGGCGGCCUCGCUGAGCCAGGAGCGGCGGAGGCGGCAGCCGCAGGAGCCCAGGGCGCUGGCGCCGGCGGCGGGCAGGGCAGCCAGGGUGGAGGAGGAGGCGGAGGAGGAGCGGAUGGAACGGGAGCAUUUCCGGAGGAUCAUCAACGCCUUCCGAUACUACGGAACGAAUAUGCACGAACGAGUGAACAGAACAGAGAGGCAGUUUAAGUCUCUGCCAGCUAACCAACAGAGUCUUCUUCCUCAAUUCCUUCCUCACCUUGACAAGAUUCGGAAGUGCAUUGAUCAUAAUCAAGAGAUACUACAGACCAUUGUGAAUGACUGCGUUCAUAUGUUUGAAAACAAAGAAUAUGGAGAAGACGGAAGAGGGAAGAUUACACCAGCUUCAACAUUUGACAUGGAUAAAUUAAAAUCCACUUUGAAACAAUUUGUGAGAGACUGGAGUGAAGAGGGAAAGCCUGAGAGAGAUUCCUGCUACCAGCCAAUCAUUAGUGAAAUUGUAAAGAACUUCCCAAAAGAAAGAUGGGAUUUCUCCAAAGUUAAUAUCCUGGUACCUGGUGCUGGGCUAGGUAGAUUGGCGUGGGAAAUAGCUAUGCUCGGUUAUGCUUGCCAAGGAAAUGAAUGGAGCCUCUUUAUGCUCUUUUCUUCUAACUUUGUACUCAACAGAUGCUCUGAAAUUAACUCAUGUAAGCUUUAUCCCUGGAUUCAUCAGUUCAGCAAUAACAGAAGAUCUGCUGAUCAGAUACGUCCAAUUUAUUUCCCUGAUGUUGAUCCUCACAGUCUUCCUUCUGGUUCAAACUUCUCUAUGACAGCAGGGGAUUUUCAAGAAAUUUAUUCCGAGUGCAAACUUAAAAACUUUUGCAAUUUCAUGGAUACAUGUUUAGAGAAAAACAGGAAGAGUCAUGCUUUAAAAGAUACAUGGGACUGCAUAGCAACUUGCUUUUUCAUAGAUACAGCACAUAACGUUAUUGAUUACAUUGAUACUAUAUGGAAAAUACUAAAGCCUGGAGGAAUAUGGAUAAAUGUAGGUCCUCUUCUCUACCACUUUGAAAAUUUGGGAAAUGAACUUUCUAUAGAAUUAAGCUAUGAGGAUAUAAAAAAUGUUAUACUGCAAUAUGGAUUCCAUAUAGAGGUGGAGAAAGAAUCUGUACUGUCAACUUACACUGUGAAUGAACUCUCCAUGAUGAAAUACUACUAUGAAUGUGUGUUAUUUGUGGUGAGAAAACCAGAAGUUGCCUGAAUAGGUUAAUCAGAAAAAAAGGUUGGCUCAAAAGCUAGAAAUAAGAAUGAAAUGGACUGGGUGAUGUCUGGACACAACCUCAAAUCAGUGGUGCCUUCUUAUUCGUAAUAGGAUUUAGAUAGUGUCUAUUUUCUUAAUAUCUCUAUUGCUAUCCAGACAUGUACUAUGCCAUGUGUAUUUGUAAUAUAUUAAAAUGGAGGAGGAAAUGUUCACAUACACUGUCUUUGGGCUUUGGAAUGCAUUAAAAAUACAAGCAAAAAUGUUUUCUUGAAACAAAAAAAUGUUUGCCAUAACCAGGCUAAUUCUCCGCAUAUACUGUUCAUCUUUCAUAGAUUUAUAAUUUUCUUUUUUCUACUUCCUGACGUUAGGAAUGCAUAGCUGCUUAGUGUACUAGUUGUGACACAUCUAGAGAAGUAUUUCCAAACAAAUUAUGACAUCUGAAAUAGCUGGAAAGUGAUAAAAUUAUUAUUGGUAGAUAAAAUAGCCAUCAGCACUGUUACAGCGUUUUCUGUGGAACUGAAACAAAGUAAAUUAUUAUACAAAUUCUAAUCUUUGUACUGCUGUUAGCAAUUUAAUCAAAACACAGAACCUAUAGGCUAUUUGAAAUACUAUGUGAAAGCUGAGGGAAGAAGAAUCAGCAUGUCACAGAGAAGCAGUAUGUUAACCUCAGUUCAGGAGUAACACCAAUUAUGUUUAUGAAACAAAUAUUAGAUGCUUUGAUGUCUUAAAAUAUAUUUAUUUUGAGUGUCCUACUUACUGCUUAAGCUAAAAGAGUGAGGCAGUGGGUUGUUUUUGGUUCAACAUAAUUAACAGACAGUCAUGUUAUACCUUGAGCUCUUUCUUUUUUUAAAGUUGAUAACGUAGCUGAUUUAUCAAUGAACCAGAAAAACCUGUUUCUCAAAGGGGAAAAGUUACGUGGAAAUAAUAUGCACUCUAACCUCAUUAUCUUUACCUGAGUCAGCAUAUGCAGGCCAAUUUUUAGAUGAUUUGCUUCCAUCUUCAGGCACUUUACCCUUGUGACAGUGACUUCUUGGUUCCUUAUCCUAAUGUUUUUGUGUUUUUUUUCCUGGCAGGUGUGGCUUAUGUGAAUAUUUAAUCUAUAAUCUGUGGUACUAUACAAGAGGCUGAGUCUUCUGUCACUUAGAAAUGAUGUCCAUGAGAAAACAAUAAUUAAUAAUUGCUGUACUGAGAGGAGGUGUCAUGUUAGCCUUUUCGUUUUCUUAAUAUAUUGGUUACCUUAAGUACCAUUUUCAUGCAUUUUCAGAAAUGUCUUUAAAAUAUAAAAACAUGAUAAGGAAUCAAGGGUUGGUUUUCAUAUUUCUUCAUAAUGGCACUGGACAAUAGCUUGUUGUUUCCCAUUAUUUCUAGUCCCUUUUCUCAUGGUGAUGUCCUAAUAAUAUCAUUUUAAUAGAUCUGUUACUGGCUUUUGGAUUUUUCCCAUUAAGGCUGGAAAUUUGUGCCUUUGUUUCUAAAUUGAAAGUCUGCAAAGAGGGAAACAACAAUUUUUUUUUAAUAGUUUCAGCACUGCAUAGGAGAGCACAUACCUGGGUAUGUUCAGUACUGUGCCCCUUCGUCUCAGAAUCCUUAUUGAGAAUAAAGGCUGCAGAAGUCUGCAGAAGUUUCAGUUAGAGCUUUGCUUAAACUAGUCUUAUUUGAACUCUCUUCUUCCUCAAAGUGCAUCAGCAAUAUUUAACUCCACAAAUGAAUUGUCAAAGUUCUACCCUGCUCCAAGAAAAGUGUGUUUAAAGUUGAAACACUGCCAUUGCAACAAGUAGAUGAAACAUAAAACCCCUUGCACUCCUAAAAGUAAUAAAUUUGUUUUAAUUUCCUUAUUGUACUAUUCACAUUUUUUUGAGGGACUUCGUGAUUCUUUGCUGUCAUUCUGCUUUUUUUUCCUUAGGUAGAAUAUGAUUAGUGUUUUACUUGAUUUUCCAGCUCCUUGAAAUAAGAUGAGGUUAGGUGACUGUUGAUUAUGCCAUUGCUGAGUAGUAUGUAUAUCUGUAAUACUGCCUAAUUUCUGCUUCCUACCGAGUCUGUAGUUACACUUGAAAUGUGAUCUUGUUUUUCACAAAUAGGAAAUCGGGUGCUUGCAUUCUGGUUGAAUGUCAGUAUCAUUUGUUCUGGUGGUUUUGUUGUUUGUCACCCAGUGUUGUUGUAAGUGCCCUUUUCGUGUGUUUUUGGAAAAUUUUGUUUUUAUUUACUUACAACAAGUAUAUAGUGAUGUGCUUCUGUUUCUAAUCUGGAAAAUGCCAGUUUUCCCCAAUGUUUUCCUUCAAGUUAUAACAGUUGCAUUAAGAGCUGGAAGCAGAAUGAUCUUGUGAACCGGUUAUAUGAGUUAGUUACACCUGCAGUCCUAUUGGAUUCCUUAAAAUUAAUCACUUCUAUUUUUAUGCACAGGGAUAAUUGUAUUACUGAAUGUGAUCCCAUUGUUUUUAGUUGUAUACGGGGAUGGGGGUAGAAUGCUUAAACUGUUUAUAAACUGAAGCCAAGGCCAUUUAAUUCAGGUUGCUGUUAAACUGUAGGUGGUAUUGGAUAUAAAAUAAAAUGCUGUGUAAUCUUUGGUGUAA